AUACUACUACUCUCACUCUCUCACUAUUCUUAUUUCUUCUCCGUUCACAAAACCCCCCUUCUGAUUCGACUAAUAAACCCUCAUCAUCUAUGGAUACAACUACAACAACAGCAGUUUCCCCAAAUCUUCUUCUUCUUGAUUCACUCUCGCUUUCUUCUUGUUUUCCUUCUCCAUCAAAAUCAAACCUCCCCCUUCUUAAACCACCACAAAACCCACCCGAUUUUCUAAACUCAAUUAACGAACUCAGUGAGUUAUCAGCUGCAUUAUCAGCAUUUUUACACGACUUUCAUGACUUGCAUAAUCAUAUUACUUCCGUUACUUCCGCUAUUGACGCUCAACUGCCGCCUCAUCUCCUCCUCCUCAAUACUACUACUUCUACUGAAGCGAUAUGUGCGGAACGGAACCCUAACGGAACGGAAAAAAGUAACGGUGACGAGACACUUGAGAAUAAUAAUGAUGUAGACGAUGAUUUGAGGAAGGUUCUAGAAGAAUCGAAUGAUAAGUUAGACGGAAUUGAUGUAUUGGAGGAGAAGAACAAGGUGAAUGAAGAAGAUAUUGGUAUAUGGGAUAUGAUUGAGGAUGUUGAUUGUUAUUAUAAUGCUCUAUUCAAGAAGAAAAUGAAGAAUAAGCGCAAGGAAGGGGAUAUUAUUGACAAGAUAAACAUUUUGUUGAAGAAGGAUCCCGAAAAGAGUGUUAGUUUUGAGGAGGCAGGAGAAAUCGAUACAUCGAAGGAGGAUGGGGAAAUUGAGACAUUGGAGGACGGAGAGAUCGAUACGUUGGAGAAUGGAAAAAUUGAUAAGUUGAAGGAAAAGGAUAGGGAAGUUGAUGUAUCAAAGGAGAAGCAUAAAGAAAUUGACAUAUCAAAGGAGGACGGAGAAAUUGAGCUGGAGGAUGGGGAAAUCGAUAUGUCUAAGGAGUGUGAUGAAAUCAAUGUAUCAAAGAGAAAUCGAAAUGAAAUUCAUAUGUUGAAGAAGCAUAAAUAUAGAGAGGCUGAUGAAAACAAAAUUGAUAUGUGGGAGAAGAAGCAUAAAUAUAGAGAGGCUGAUGAAAACCGCAUCUCAAACAAGAAGCAUGAAAGAUCCUGUAUUUCAAAGAGGAAACAUGAACAAAGUGAGAGGCAUAUAGAAAUUGAUAAAGGGAGGAAGAAGCAUGAAGAGAUUGAUAAAUCGAAGAGCAGGAAGAAGCAUGAAGAAGAUUAUAUAUUAAAGAAAAAGCAUGAAGAAGUUGGUAACUUGAAGAAGAAGGAUGAACAGAUCGAAAAGAAGAAGAAUCAUGAUCAAACUGAUGCUUUUAAAAGGCCUGCAGAAAUUAUUGUAUUGAAGAAGCCUGAAAUAAGUGAUACCUUGUGGAAACCUGAAGCAGAAAUCGAUAUAUUAAAGAAGCCCAAAGAAAGGGAAACGCCGAAGGAGGAUGGAGAGGAUGAUACUUUCAACAGGCCUGCAGAAAAUGAUGGAUCAAAGAAACCUCAAGAAGAAACUGAUGCUUCAAAGAAACUUGUAGAAAAUGAUAUAUUGAAUAAGCUUGAAGAAAUAAAUGUACCAAAGGAACCUCAAGAAGAAACUGAUGCAUCAAACUACCCUGUAGAAAUCGAUAUAUUGAAUGAGCCUGAAGAAUGUGAUGUAUCGAAGAAACCUCUAGAAGAAACAGAUGCAAUAAAGAAACCCGUAGAAAUUGAUAUAUUACAUCAGCCUGAAGAAGGCGAUGUAUUGAAUAAACCAGAAGAAAUUAAUGUAUCGAAGAAGCCUGAUGAAAUUGACUUAUCAAAUAAGCCUGAAGAAAUUGAUGUACCGAAUAAACCUGAAGAACUUGAUGUGCCGAAUAAAGCUGAUGAAAUUGAUGCAUCAAGGAAGCCUGCAAUUUCCGUUUUAGAAUUCUUGUGUGAAAAAAUGUUUGCCAAGGAAAUGAAGAAGCAUGUAGUGGAUAAUAUUUCAAUAAUGAAUUCACUCCAUCAAGAAAUCGCAAAGGCAUUGAAGCUAGCUAGAAAUCCUGCGAAACUUGUAUUGGACAGCAUUGGCAGGUUUUUCUUACAGGCCAGUAGUGCAUACCACUAUGGAGAAUCUAGGCACCAGCAGAUUGCAGUAAGGCAGGCUUCAGUUUUGAUUUUGGAAUGUUUUGCGAUGAUAAGUAGUGAUGGCAUUGAGAUCACAGAAGAAGAUAAAGAAUAUGCAGCGAAUGCUACUAUUGAUUGGAGAAAACGGAUGCUCAAGGAAGGUGGUUGGAUAAACACGGAGGUGGUUGAUGCCAGGGGAUUGCUUCUGUUUAUUAGUGGGUUUGGGAUUCCAGAUGGUGUUUUCUCCAAUGAGGAUUUAAGGGAUUUGAUUAGGGCUAGUAAUGUGAAUGAAAUAUCCAAUGCACUUCGUCGUUCGGCUAUUCUUAUCCAAAAGCUUCCAGAAGUAAUUGAUUGGAUGGUGAAGAGUAAUCUUGAAAUUGAAGCUGCUGACGUUGUCUAUACUUUCGGGUUGGAGGAUAAGUGCCACCCUGAGGCCAUGUUGAUGACAUUCCUGCACAAGAAAAUUACACACACUCAAAAUGGAUCUUCUUUACAAGUGUAUACAGCAACGCUGCAGCAGUUAUCUGAUUUGAAAUCCGUACGGAGAUGUUUGAAAACUCACAAGAGUGAUCCCUCAAAGUUCCUUCCUGGCUUCAACAUUAAUGAAAAAAUCGAACAACUGGAGAAAGUAAUAAAUGAGCUAGAUUUGAAGACGACUGAAGAAAAGUCAACACUAAAGAGGAAAGAAAAAGAAACCGAGUUUUCAAAUGAUCCGAACAAUCAACAGCAAGCCAAACGUAGUUGUUGUAGUCAUGAAAGUUUGCCACAUGAGCAGAAUCCCCAUGACCACUAUGACACACACCCAUAUAAUCUAUCAACACUAAUUCACGGCUACUUUGACCAAGACCUUUAUAAUUCUUAUGUUACAACCUAUUCCGCUUCAUCUGCAUUUAGUGCACCUGUACUGCCCCCACACAUAACUAGCUCAGUGCCUGCUGGUUUCUAUGCCCCCUGUGUUUAUGGUGGACCUGUUGCUGAACCAAUGCCUCACACGAAUAACCCUUGGCCUUAUGUGGGUCAACCAUAUUCUAGUUCAUUCCCAAGAUUGCCGAACUAUAUCCCGCCAAAUGGCUUGUUUGAAAGGCGGGUCCCAUCUUCUGAUCUUUACAAGUUCGCUGAUACGGUUGUUGAAAGGGGAUCUCACCGUGGUAGGGGGUAGCAGUAUCACAACCUCUUCUUACCUGUACUAAACAUAUCUUAUUUUUGGUAAAAGCUAGUUGCUGAUGCAUAUCAUAGUAUAGUUAGUUAAUGUUCGUAGGGCAUUUCUAACUUGUUUCUUUUGGUAGUUUCCAUACUUGGCUUAUAAAAAAUCAAAAAAUGUUACUAGAUGAGUAGAUGCUCAGUUCUUGUUUUUGAAAA